GUACAGAAUGGCGACACCAUCUGAUGUGUCCGUGCCUCUGAUCGCAGUUACUGCUGCUGUCGGCGCCGUAGUUCUACUGCUUGUACUGCUCUGCAAUAUUGCAAAGAAAGCAGAUGACAAAGAUAAAGAUGAGGGUGAAGAGAAGAAAGAAAAUGGUUCAAGCAAACAGAAAAAAGGACAACAGUUCACAAAGAAAGCCAGGGGGCCUAUCAAAUCUACAAAACAGACCAAGAUUACAUUUUCCCAUCCUUGGCUGGCAAAAACAUUCAAAGGACCUGGUUCAAAUAUUUUAGGCUUGGACUUCAGUCCAAACGGGAAAUAUAUGAUUGCUUGUUCAGAAGACCGUGCAUUGCUUGUGUGGAAUGUCAAAGACUUUGAAAGUAAAGAAUUCAAAAUUAUUCGUGGAAAUGUCGACCUUGAUCAUGCGACCAAGGUCCGGUUUAGUCCGGAUUCACGAGCUUUCAUCGUGAGUCUUUGUAAUGGCAAUUCCAUCCGUGUGUACAAGCUGGGAAAAAAACCAGAUGGAUCGCCACUUGUCACAGCUGUGUCAGAUUUCCCACAGAAACAUAACGCUGCAGAGAUACUCGACAUUGGUAUAGCAAGUAAUGGCAAGUUCAUCAUGACCUGCUUCAAGGACACAACAAUACUUAUAUGGGAUUUAAAAGGAGAAGUAUUGGCAACCAUCGACACCCAUCAAAUGAAUAACACCCAUGGAGCAGUCUCACCUUGUGGUCGAUUUGUAGCAUCAUCAGGUUUCACCCCAGAUGUUAAAGUAUGGGAAGUAGUGUAUGAUAAAGGCAGCAACUUCAAGGAAGUAACAAAAGCAUUCGAUCUCAAGGGCCACAAGGCGGGGGUUUACUCUUUUGCUUUCAAUUGUGAUUCAACAAGAAUGGCAUCAGUGUCUAAAGAUGGAACAUGGAAACUGUGGAAUACGAAUGUAUCAUACCAACAAAAUCAAGAUCCUAAGCUGUUAUAUACGGGUGACUUCGCCAACACGGGACCAUGCCUUCUUGCGUUCUCACCGGAUGCUUUAACACUCGCCAUUGCCAAGGGUACAACGAUUAGUCUGUUUGAUGUGAACGCUGGCACGUGUGAGGAGGAGUUGACAGACGUACAUUCAGCGUACAUAAAAGCGUUGAGUUUCGACAUCACCAGCAGCUUCUUGGUGUCAACCGGUGACAAAGCAGUACAAGUCAUUCACAAUAUUCCUGGAGUUAAAGCUAAGAUAGCUGAUCUUGAAGGAAAGAAAGUGAAAGCUGAUGGCCGUGCGAUGAAGGAGAGGUUGCAGACUCAGAUUGAUGCAGCAAGAAUGAUGUACGAUGCCCUCCAGAAGAAGAUCAAGUCAGCUGCUUAGAUCGAGAUCAUUGAGUCCCAAACGAACCCUAUGCAUUUGACGACCUACUUACAUGUACUUCCAUCUACUUGCUUCUCUUGUUAGCUGCUUUGAUUGGAUUUCGUUUCAAUUUUAAUCUAUUUAGUUUUCAAAGAAUGGGUUAUAUCAAUUUGCGUUGAUAUUUACAUGUAUAAAACUUAAAAGAAUAGAAUGUUUUUUGACGGGGUUGGUUAAUGUUGUUUCCAAUUAUUAUAUAACCAUUUAGUAUAUGCAUAGUAUCUGGUCACAGUGAUUGUUCCUUAUGUUAAAAACUUCUGAUAUGAAUUGACGCUAGGCUACCUAGGACGUACUCCAAGUCUAGUAAUUUAUUGAAAAAUUUGGCUUGUAUGAAGAAUAAAAGUGAAUAUUAUUCCUAUGCAUGCCAUAGGAGAGUAUUGUAUGUAAGACCUGAGUUAUAUAUUUUGAAUGAAUAAAACCCAGGAUUCUUAA